AUGUCUGGUCUCACUCUAACAACACCAAUUGACUCAUUACCCAAUGAGCUUCUCAUUGCGAUCCUAUCCACCUUUGAGUCUCGCGAGCUGCUGCCAUUAACGACUGUCGACCGCCGCUUCAAUGCUACCGCCACCACAAUACUGCAACACCGCCUCCUCCAUACCGCGAAGAUGGAAGGGCACGAGGUGAUGCUGGAGAGCUACCACCCAAGUGCCAGGAACUCAACACCAUCCAUGACGUGUAGAUUUGCAGGCGUUGACUUCCUGGGAUACCAGUGGACAGGCGGGGAAGACAUGGACUUGCGUGAUCUCUCUCACCUCUACUCCCACUUCCGCCCGGUCGUCUCGGAAGAGACGCGACGCAUGCGGAGGGUGUUCGGUCGACGGAUGCUGGGCGCCCCACUUGAGCAAGAAAUCGGUGAUCAGCCAGUCGUUCAAGAACUUAUCCUGGAUGACGGAGAGCUCUUUUCUCAACUUUGCACAACAACUAGCCUGGCCAAGUCAAGUCCAAACCCCGGUCUUCUCGCUAGUCACAGCAAUAUUGAGAAUGGCGUGGUACGAGUCUGGAGACGCUGGCUAGCAAAGGCAGCCGCCAGGACUGCCAUUUGCCCAGCAGGGCAAGCGCCAAUCGACGAGAGCACCAUCUUGUGGGCUGAUGCUACGAAGAACGUCGGCUUGCGAUUCCGCGUCACCGAUAUUACCAAGGAGCGUCUACCUGUCUACCGCGGAUUGGACGAGGACGCUCCUGUCGCCUACUCUCUGCACUACCAAGAGUUACUGGUUCGCACAAGCCAAGUACUGCUGGCGAUGGAGAAAUCAGCAGUCCAAGAAGUUGUCGACUCAGGUAAAUCAACCAUCAUAGCUUCAUGA